GCUUCGGACUCUCAGAUCAAAAGCAGCACUCAGCAGUAACGUGCAUCAGACCAAAUGACACAGUGUGAAGACAGAGGCUCUGUGAAGCCUUUCCAACUGCGGAUGAAGAAAAUGAGGGGAUUCAGAGGACUAAGCAGAUCUUGGAGGACCGACAGCAGGAGACCUCUAAUAGAGAAUGACAUACAAGAGGACCAGGCUUCUAGCAGCUAUGACAACCUAACCCACACUUCGAACAACAACGAAGAACGACGCCGGCAGAGUGAGGAGCAGAUCACACUUCAAGAACUAGUUGAACUUCUGGGUAUGGCCCCUGAGUCCUUGACCUCAGAGGACGGAUCUCUUGGCUCAACGCGUCCUGCAGAACAGCAGAUUGUUGUUCGCCUCAUACAAACAUUUGUGAACCAGCACUUCCCGAAGCCACCGGCCACUGUGGACCAAAACCUCUAUCAGUACCUGUUUAAUGUGCAGACAACUGUGAAAAAGGAGCUUGUGAGGCUGGGUCCCCGGUUGCAAUCUGAGGGGUUGAUCGAAUGCUACCAUCGUCAGACAUUUGAUCAUCUCGAUGAUCUACUUCAAAUCAUCAGCUCCCCCGAGAAUUCCUUUGUGCUGAUGCAGUGGGUCCUACAUACAUAUCUGAGUAAGGACCUGCUUGGUCAUCCUGACCUUCAAUAUAUGGAUCCCAUAAAAAACAUUGACCUCCUGCUGUUAACCGAGUGGGUAUCGAGAGCGAGGGAAAAACUGCUUGAAAAUGUGCAGAAAGAGAUUAAACAGCGCCUUGAGAGAAUUCUGCAGAUUGAGAGAAGAAACAAUGCUGAUGAUGAACUGUAUGUAGACACAAUUCAGUGCAUUGAGGCCAUGCCCAAAGAAUUACUCAAAAUCAGCCCAAAACUGUCUGAUGAAGUGCUUGAGAUUUGUUGCAAAGAGCUGCUGAUAUUUCUAACACGGUACACCGCUGAGCAGCGUGACAUUCUUGUAGAGAAAGCAAGAAUGGACGAACCAGAAACCGAACACUUCUUCAAGACUUUGAAGAACUGUAAAAACCUCAAGGAGCACGUCCAGACCAAAGCUAAAGACUUAGGAACAUCCCCUCUCAAGGAAAUCAUGACCGAAGCUGAGGCAAAGCUUGAAGACAUGGAGGCUUUUACUUUGAAACUUCUGAGGGAAAUCGUAUCUGACAUUGCAGAGAGCCACCUCAAGAAAUACUUCAAAUCGGAUAACACUGAAUUCAUCCUCUUAAUCCAUGAGGUGAAGAAUCUUUUCUUCAAGCUUUCGAGCUAUCAGGAUGUACAAAAGAGAGUGAUGGACGAGGCCUACAAGCUCAUCGCUCACAUUUACCUCAAACGUCUCAUCCAAAUCAGGCAGAGCAAACUGAGGAAGUACUGGCAUGAUGUUAAACAAACAUUGGCUGAAGAUGCUUUGCUGCUUCACAACAACAUCUCAGAUCUGGCUCCUGGUGUUGAUCAGUGGAACCUCAUGCUGCUGAAAGUCAAAGAGCUAUUGGAAUGCAAAGACCUUGAUGCGACCAAGAUGACAGCUGCAAAAAUGUACGAGGAAUGCCGGGCGUGGAGUGAGGACCUGGAGCUCCUGCCUGCGAUACUGCAAUGGAAGGGUCUUUCUGGAUCGCAGAUUAGGGAGGUGCAGUUUGCCUUGGAGGACAUCCCUGGCUUUCAACCCAGACCCAGAACUUCAUCUGGGUUCUCCUGUUUUACCAGAUGGCUGAUCUGCUGUCCAAGAGGCUCGUCUACAACAAUCAUAGAGGACAGGGCUGAUGUCAAUUCUCAAAUCUAUGUGGUAAUAUCCUAAUCAAUGCACUGUUAGACGAUGUGUUUUUGGUAACUUCAGCUUUAAAACCAUCAAACUCUUGGGGUUUUAUUGGUUGUCAAAGUUGUCUACGUUCUUAAAUAUG